CGGGCGGAGCCUGUGUGACGAGUUGAGCGGAGCUUGCGACGAGUUGGGCGGAGCCUGCGACGAGUUGGGCGCAGCCUCGUUGUAAUGCGUCCGGAUUGGCGUGCGCGGCGCACGUGACUGGCCCCCACCCCGCCUUCCCCCACCACCGUGUCUGUGGUCAAGUGCCGCCUCAGCUUGCGAGACGCUGCUGGUUCUCUCGCUCCCCGUGGGGUUCCAGCGCGCGUUACUACCCCCCACCUCCCUCGUCGUAUAAAAAGCUACGCUCCGAAACACCGUAGCUCAACAUUAAUCAGGGGACGCACCCAACGUAGAUGUCCUAACUGGCCGUCGUCGUUUAAUUAUUUUUUUUGGAAUACCAGCUCCGACACUGCGAAUCACACCCACCCCCCCCCCCGGCAAAGCACGCAACCUCUACCGUGUACCCAUCACCUCGGCCGGUAGGACUAACUAUCCGAGAGUCGGUGCUAGGCCGCAGUUGGGAAAAAAAAAUUAAGAUUGUGUUUUUUUGUUUGUUACAAACAAAACGUCAUCCCUCCACACCGAGGGCACGAUGGACGUGCACUCGGUGAGCGCGGCAAUGCCGGAGAUGCCGGCGAUGGUCGACGGCGUAAAGCUUGCGGCGGUGGCGGCGGUGCUGUACGUGAUGGUGCGGUGCUUGAAUCUCAAGUCGCCCACGGCAUCGCCCGACCUCUUCUUCCAGGACUCGCCACUGGCGCGACACCUGCUCAAGUCGUGUCCCCUGCUCACCAAAGAGUAUGUGCCUCCCCUGCUUUGGGGCAAGAGCGGGCACGUGCAGACCGUGCUGUACGGGAAGAUGGGCCGCGUGAGCUGCCCGCAGCCGCAUGGCCUCCGCAAGACGGUGCUCAUGCCCGAUGGGUCGUCCUCCACCUUCGACCUCUUCGAGGCGCUGGCUCCCCACUCCACCGGAGAGGACUUCACGAUGGUGAUCUGCCCGGGCAUAGCGAACCACAGCGAGAAGACGUACAUCCGCACGUUUGUGGAUCACGCGCAGAGGUCUGGCUACCGUUGUGCGGUCCUCAACCACCUGGGAGCCCUGGCCAGCAUCAAGCUCACCGCACCGCGCAUGUUCACCUACGGCUGCACGUGGGAGUACGGCGCCAUGGUCCGGCGCGUGCGGAAGCUCUACCCCAACACGAAGCUCGUCGUCGUGGGCUUCAGCAUGGGCGGCAACAUCGUGUGCAAGUUCCUGGGCGAGGACCGCGAGAACCAGGAGGGCGUCGCGUGCUGCAUCAGCGUCGGACAGGGCUACAGCGCGCUCAUCGCAUCACCCACAUUCCUGCAGUGGGACAACUUCCGGCGCUUUUACAACUUCAUGAUGGCCGACAACAUGAAGCGCAUCAUCCUGAGCCACAAGGAGUUGCUGCUGGGAGACGGGAAUGGAAAGCGGCCGUCGUGCCUCCAGGAAAUGGAUUUCAACCGCCUCUACACGGCCACCUCGCUCAUGCAGAUCGACGACGUGAUCAUGAGGAAAUUCCACGGCUACAGCACCCUGCAGGACUACUACGAGAAAGAGAGCUGCGCUCCCUUCCUGCAGAACAUCAAGGUGCCCAUGCUGCUCGUUAAUGCCCUGGAUGACCCCAUCGUCCAUUCCUCACUCCUCGUCAUCCCUCGCACGCUGGCCGAGAAAAAGGAGAACGUGAUGUUCGCCCUGACGUUGCACGGCGGCCACCUGGGAUACUUCGAGGGGGCGGUGCUGCUGCCGGAGCCGCUCACGUGGAUGGACAAGCUGAUCGUGGAGUACGCCAACGCAGUCGCCCAGUGGAGCAAGGCCCCCUGCGCCGCUAGCGACAAAUAGACUUUGCCCGCCCCCCAAACAACCCCCCCCACCCCACAUUCCCCCCCCCCCACCACCACCAAACCCCCCCCACCCCCGUGGAGAGCGAGAGCGAGCGACGGUGUGCGGGUCCUCGCGGUCAACCCAGCCUGAGACGUCUCGCUCGUUCUCCCGCCGAGAUGAAGAUGCAAACGAAAGGAGCCACCACUUUUUUGUUAUUUGUUUUUUUUGUUGUUUGGCGGUGAGCGAAGCCGAGUGGCCCACGCUUUCACAGACGAAGGGGGGGAAGAGGGAAAAAAUAUUUGGAAUGUGGAUUGCGUCCCGUGGCUCACAUCGAUUUAGUCUUCACCAUGAAAAUUAUGGAAUUCUCUUUUUUUUUUUACAAUAUUUCAACGUGGCUUUUUUUUUACAAUUCGUUUCUAGAAUCGUUGUCCAGACGAAGUUGAUGUUUAAGCCUGACUCGGCGUGAGUAACACUCGCCACGGGAACCGAAUGUCGUGGCAAGGAGUAAUUUUUUUGUUUUGAGGAUUUUCAUACUUGCCUAAACCUUGUUGUAUUUUUUAUGAUUAAUAUUAAUAGCAGCUGUGUCUUUAUCGUCAAUGUCGCUUGUGUGUGGAAGUGAAACGAAGCAUAAUUUUCGAGGGACCGUUGCACAAGUUUGCGUUUUGAUGUCACCAACAGGAAGGGAAGUCCCGUGCAUGCGACGUCCGUAAGUUUUUGUUGUCUGUGGCCAACGUAUUUGUAAAAAUGUCGUAAUUUAAAGCAAUUAAUGCAUACUUAUGUCGAAGCAUUUGCACUCGUAGCUUGAUGGGGGAAGGUGGGGAGUCGGCAGGAGGGUCGGCGGAUUGCUUUCCGUCGAGUGCGGAACGUGAAUCUUGAAACGCUGCUGAGGAGCUAAUCAUUGGAUCCUCGUCGUUAGAGGCUACUUCGUUUGUUCAGCCGAGAGAAUUUCCGCUCGAUGUCGCAACGCGUUCUUGCGACAGCGGCAAACGAUUCCCACGUGGCUGGAAGGGUGCCGCGGUGGCGAGAUGUUAACUCGCUCGCACGGUAUGCAGGAGGUCGUGGGUUCUAUCCCGCUCCUGGCGCCUGUAUUAUUCGGAGUUUGCGUGUCUCUCGCCCCCGUGGUCACGUGAAUUCUUCCGCGGGUUCUACGUUUUUUUUCUCUCCACAUUUAGAAUCGACGUGCGUUCAGGGUAUUUGGCUGCUCAAAAUGUUCACGGGAUGAGCCACUUCCGGUUGAGCUUUCAUUUGUGGCCAGGUCGCUUCUGAAAAAAACACAUCUCUGGAGCUCAUUGGGGCCUUAGCUGGUAAAAUAAAACAAAUAGUUUGUUGUUUAAAGAGAGCGGAACGUGGGACGCGAUGCCGAGCGUGGCGCACUUCAACCCGCCCAUACUGGACAUCCGUGAAAAAGAGAUUCAUAGCUCAUCGGAUUUCUCUAGUCUAAAUAAAGAUUUAGAUUCCGAUUCCGGAAACAAACAUCAGAGAGCCAAGCGAAGGUGGCGUUUUUUUGCUUUCACGGCCGUCGCUUCGGGGCACAAGCCGCCGUCACACCGUUUGUGCCGGCACAAAGAUUGUAACGCGGUGAUGAAGGUUUUCUGAAAAAUGCACGCUUCCUAAACACAAAUUUCCCCCCCAAAAAAUAGUUAAAAAUCGUGUAUGUGUAUAAAUAAUAUCGCGCGCGUGUGGUGUGUGCGCGCGUGUAUGUAUGUGUGUGCUGCUUGUCUAAGCGGAGAUUUAACUCGCCACGCUGUAUUUUAGAAAGUGUCUCGGUCGUGAGUGUCGGGGAUGGGGGAGGGGUGAAACUUGUUCACCGAUCUGAUUGACUCAAACAAUGAAAACACAUUGGACAAUCAAUGAAGCGCUUGGAUAAUUGUGGACACGAGGCAUUGAAAGUUAAAGGUUUGUCCCGUGACUUUUUCUAAACAGGUAUGUUUUUUUUUAUAGAUUUGUAUUUUCGUGACUGCAUGGAUCCAUACUCCUUGGUUUUUUCGGUAAAGUCACGUAGGUAAAGAAUAUAAAAAUAUAAAAU